AUGUCAACGCUGCGAGGCGAAGCACACCAGCACUUGUUGCCCUUGCGUGCAUCCCAAGAUGAGUCAAGAACAAUAAUCGAACUGCAAGAAUCUUCACAAAACACAGAAAAUGAUGACGAAAUUCGUUUUGAAACACCAUUUUUAAACUCAGCCUUAGCCUGGCAAACGAUGCCGUUGUAUAAUGCAGCAGAUGCACCGCUGCCCUUGAACACAGCCGAAAAACAAGCUUUAAUUUUUCGUACAGUGGUCUUUUUGUUAGGUACUCUGUUGGGCAGCGUGACCCUGCUUUUUACAAUUCUUUGGGCUUCAUUGCCCCCCAUUCGUGAAGAAGAUCAAGCAUUUGUCCAUGUACCGAGAUCUUUUCAAGAUUUAAAAGUCCUUUGCCAGUUCAUUGCUAAUUAUAACCAAGAGCAUUAUUACCGUGUUAUGGUGGUGUGGCUCUCAGUGUUUUUAUUCAUUCAAACAUUUUCUGUCCCAGGAUCAAUGUAUUUAUGUAUUUUGGCUGGUGCAUUAUGGGGUGUUCCGGUUGCACUUCCCAUCGUGUGCAUAUCUAUCGCUACAGGUGCCUCUUUUUGUUACAUGCUAAGUAAGCAUGUUGGUGACUGCAUUCGAGUGAUGCCCCGAUGGCAACAGCGGGUUGAUACAUGGAAGGCUACCGUGCAGCAAUAUGAGGGAAAUCUUUUAUCAUACCUCACUAUUCUUCGAAUGAUGCCCGUCCCCCCACAUUUUGUUGUUAAUAUCAUCGCUCCUCAUCUUGGUGUGCCUCUAAGUACGUUCUGGCUGUCUACACUAUGUGGUGUAUUUUGUACCUCACUCAUUUAUACCGCUAUCGGAAAAGAAAUCGGUCAAAUCACCUCAUCUGAUUCUUUCCAUAUAUUCACUUGGCAGAAUAUGUUGCUCAUGACUGUCGUCGCUAUGGCAUUUAUUUUACCAACGCUGGUCAAGGGUCGUGUGCAAGCACCAGAGCAAAGUCCUGCGCAUCAGGGGAACAUUCGUCUCACAGAAGAUGCGAGGGGGCGUACCUGGAGAGAUCGAAUGGACCAGCUCUAUCAAUCGUUAUUGGCCUUAAUUCACCCUGCUUUACAUGCACGCCCGGUCUCAGUCCCAAGGGAUUCUAGUUUGGGGGCAUCAUUGGAUAGCGAUGAGACAGAAGAGUCGAUAGGUGCCUGA